ACAUUUAAUUGAAGAUGAAUAACAUAGGACACACGCACAGUGUGAGACCCGGAAAUCGUAUUUUCCACCCAACGCGAUAAGAUUGGCAGACAUAGGGCAAAAUAAUGGCGGGAGCUACUCCCUCCUGUGUUUUCUGUGCAAUUGCCGCCAAAUCCAACACUGACAAUACUCUUCUUCAUUCCGUUCGUCUCUCUCUCUCUCUCUCUCUUCCUUCAAUCUUUAGUUUCCGUUUCCUUUCUGAUUCAGUUCGUUAUCUGAAAUCACAGGACGAUAAGGUUGUCGCAUUCCAGGACAUUAAUCCUUCCGCUUUCAGGCAUUACUUAGUAGUUCCUGUGGCGCACAUUCCUACUGUUAAAGAUCUUCAGAGAAAACCUGACGACCAUUCUUUGGUGAAUCACAUGUUAGAGGUGGGAAAAACGUUAUUACUAAGAGAUGCGCCUCAGGCCCAGCAAUACAGAUUUGGCUUUCAUCAGCCUCCACUGAACACUGUUAACCACCUACACCUCCAUUGUUUGGCGCUACCAUAUACGCCCAGGUGGCGAUCAAUAAAAUACUUAUCUUUUGGACCACUUGGCUUCAUUGAAGCGGAGAAGUUUCUGGAAAAGAUAAAGCCAUCGUCCACAUUUCAAUGAAAAGUAUAAGGCUCUGUUUGAUUUCCAAUUACUCCAAGGUUUAAUUCUUUCUGAUUGAAGAUCUAGGAGGGUCCAUUAAUUCACUGCCAAAUAGUUUGCAGUUAAAACAAUCAGAUUCUAGGUAACUUAAAAUUACUGCUUAUAUUAUGUGUCCUUUUCAUUUUUCCAGAAAGAUGCAAUUGAAACUUACCUGCGAUAGAUUUUAUGACAAGCAAAGUUUGUAGCUAUCGUUCUGGAUCUGUUGAUCGUGAUACCUGAUGAUAUAUUGACCUUCUUAUGGUAAGAAUAAUGAUGUCAACUAACUACUAUACGUUGAAACACUAUCCUUACUGACAGAUUUUUAGCAUAGCUGUCUGACGCCUUUGUUGGAACUUCAGGAUACUGUUGUGGUGAGAUUAGUAAUUACCAUGUCAUAAUAAUACGCAUAGGCAAAUUUCUUUGGCUGGAAUGGAAGACUAGAGAGCGAAAGACGCAUCUUGGUCCUUUAUGUACCAUCACUUCUUUAUUCUUUUGAUACGACCAAGAAAUGCUGUAUCCAUGAGUUGGGUUUUAAGUUUGUGAUUCAGAAUCUAGUGGAAUUUAGUGAUUGGGUAUCUCCAGUAUGGCUUACGAUAUUAUGCACGAUAUUUCCACAAUUUGAGAAGAAAAACUAGGAGCUAGAUUCUGUCAUUUUUUUUUUGUAAAAAUUGUAAAAUCUCGAAUCACUUAAAAGUGUAAGCAAUUUUUAGGGGAAAAACGUAUGUACCGAAGUCUAAAUGCAGGGUUGUGUGAGGGAUUGAGUAAAAACACGAAGAGUUCCCAGUUUCCAUGCCAGACAACCACAGCAGAAGAAAAGGUUCACCAAUAAUUCCUCUAUGAAGCAUUAAAAUGCCUGGUCGACUAUGUUAAUUUUUUUUUGUUAAAACAUUUUUUAAAAGCUAUCCUUUUUUUUCCUUUAAAACAUAAUUUUAAAAACACAGUUAAGUAAUUCUUAAAAACGUUAUUGAUGACUUUACCCAAA